AUGAUAUUCAUAACAACUGUUCAGUGUGAGACUGAUAUUCUGGCGAUUAUGGCUCUUCAACAAGCUAAUCUCAAACGAAACGUUCCAAUUGAAGUACAAGCCUCUGAUGGUUUCGUUACUGUUGAACAUCGGCAUAAUGUUCUUCAGAGAAUGAAUCAGAUAAUGCCGAGUAUCAUCGCUAAAGAUGACAUUUCCAAAAUAGUCGGAUACGCCCUAUCGAUGCCACCUGAAUUUGGCGCAGAAGUACCAGAGCUUCAUUCUUUAUUCUCCAUUAUCAAUUCGCUGGAAUACAAAGAAAAGCCUCUUAAAGAUUAUGCUUACUACGUUAUGGGUCAGUCAUGUGUAGCAGCUGGUUUUCGAGGUCAGAAGAUCUUGACAAGAAUGCUAAAUAAACAUCGGGAAAUCUACAGUGAUCGUUUUCGACUAAUCAUUACAAGUAUUUCUGAUAAAAACCCACGUUCUCUUUAUGCUCAUAUAAGGGCCGGUUUUGUUUCAAUAAAUUCGUUUCAUGAUGAGAUGACGAAUGAAAUAUGGCAUAUGUUAGUAUGGGAUUGGCACAAAGACAUUUCUUCAUGA